GCCAAGGGUCGCGAGUUCGAGCCCCAGCGACAGCACUAUCUUUAUCACUAUUCCUCGUCCUACUACAGUAGUAUAUUUAGUACAGUCCAUACACAUUACAAUGUGUCAGACAUCUUGAUGCUCUGAUUGUCGGAUAUGAUAGCAAAUGUUAACAGUGAAGGUUGGUAGUCUACACUAUAACGAAGUGAUACAUGUGUAUCGUGUAUAGUUGUCAAAUCUUCAUAUCGGCAACCAGCAUGUAUGAUUAUUCAAUAAAGUAUAUUAUAGGACGAUCUAAUCUGGUACACUGACCGAAAGUGUCUUGUUGACAUUGUAUGGAAGAUAUGAUACGCUGAGAUGGCUUAGCUAUAUAUGUUAGUGAUUACACUGUGUCUGACCCUGCAUCCUAUUUUGGACAAAUGUAUAUACUGUGUCACAUAGUCUAGACCUACAACACACACCUGACUGGUUGUAUUUUACAGUACGGAAUAACCAACAUUUGACAGUCCAUCUUUGAAGGGACAAUGAACUUUGGAUCUGACAACAUCCCUGACCCGAACCUAUUCUUCACAACAGACGAGGAGAAGACAUUUCAGUAUGAGGAAUCUCUACCGUCACUGCCUAUGCCUGAUCUACACAAAACCCUCGACAGAUACCUAGACUCAAUAAGGCCACAUGUGACCGCAGACGAGUACCGCCAGACUGCUUUCCUAGUACAACAGUUUGGGUCUGGAAUAGGAAAGGAACUUGACAAAAAACUAAAGGAAAGGGCCCAAAAUAUGAGGAACUGGCUGGAGGCAUGGUGGGAGAACAGUGCUUACCUGGAGGGGCGAUACCCAGCGGCCCCCUUUGUGAAUUUCGGAGGUCCAGGGCCCUACAUGUCCCACUACUUGCCAGCAAAGGAGGGAACUCAAGUGGAACGGGCAUCUCUUGUCACCCAUUUCGCACUGCAGUAUUGGAAAAUGAUUAGACAGGAGCGCUUAAAACCUGAUAAGGACCGUCAGGGUGCACACCUGUCCAUGAGUCAGUUCCACCGGGCAUUCAACACCUGUAAAAUACCAGGUAUCAAAAAGGACAAACUCCUCUACUACUUCAAAACAGUGUCAGAAGGUGAUACCCCUAUACACGUAGUGGUAUUUUGUCGGGGACGCAUCUUCACUUUUGACUGUAUUGACGAGGACGGUGAACCCCUGACAGCACCAGAACUCAAAAUACAGUUCCAGAAGAUCAGAGACCUGUGUGACGGCCAACCUGAGGGGCCAGGAAUCGGUCAACUUACUGCUGACGAGCGGCCAACAUGGGCACAGAUGAGGAGUCGAUUGUUAGCUCUGCAUCCUGACAACCACAAACAUUUGGAGCUGAUCCAGAGCAGCUUGAUGGCAAUAGCACUGGACGAUAACAGUCCUACAGAUGAGUCCAAUGUGUUUGAAAUGUCCCUGGCUGGUGACCCUCGAGAUCGCUGGUUUGACAAAUCUUCUGUCUUCAUUUUCUAUAAAAAUGGACUGGCAGGAUCCAACUGUGAUCAUGCCCCAAUGGACGCCAUGAUAGUUGUCUCCAGCACAUUCUACAUCGAUCUCAAUAUUUUACGGUGUAAAGGAAAGUGGCAGGGCUCCAUGCAAGUUCGCGAUUUUGCCAAGCCUGCAGAGUUGGUGUUCCACAUUGAUGAUGUCAUCCGAGAGGGUAUCACGAAGGCGAGACAAACGUUCCUAGCUUAUGGAUCCAAUUUAAGUUGCUGUGCCAAACAUUUCCAGGGUUAUGGUAAGAAGUAUCUCCGGUCCAAAAAACUCCACCCAGACACUCAUGUCCAACUUGCUAUGCAGUACGCCUACUACAAGAUGCAUAAAAAGCCCGCUCCUACUUACGAGACAGCUACUACACGUAGAUUCUACAGAGCUCGCACAGAGACCCUACGCUCUUGUACAGUGGAGCUCGUUGAUUGGUGUAAGGUCAUGCUGGACCCAAUGGCCUCGAAAGAGAAGAAGCUCAGGCUGUACCUUCGUGCAGCAGACAAGCACAAUCAGCUGAUGUUAGAGGCGACCAAACUACAGGGAUGUGACCGCCACCUUUUAGGAUUGAUGUUGAUCGCCAAGGAGGAGGGACUGCCCACCCCUUUGUUGUAUGAGGAUAUAUCCUACAAAAAGAGCGGAGGGGGAGGUAACUUUGUCCUGUCCACUAGUUUCGUCGGCUACACAACUUGCUACGGAGCUGUGGCCCCAAUGGUACAGGACGGGUACGGGACCUUCUACAGAGUUGAGCAGGAAAAAAUUGUUCCUGUGAUAACGUCAUGGAGUGUCAGUCAGGAGACAAAUGCCGAAAAGUUUGCAGACGCCAUGAUGGACACACUUAGUGAGCUGGGAAAACUUCUGGAAUACAUGACGUCCACUUCUGCAAAACUAUGACCGCCCACUCUGGAAACAUUGCUAACAGUACACUUGCCAACCUUUCUAAUUUUUUCUUUCGGACAAGCAAUUUGGCAAAUAUGAAAUUUUCUGAAAAGUACAUGUAAUGAUUUCAUUGCAUUUGAGCAAAAAGAAGGAUUGAGAAGUUCUGCUGAUUUCAAAAAUCAAAAAUGAAUUGAGAGUUUUCCUCCGAAAAAAGGGAGACCUUUUAUGUAAGAAAUGUAAAAAAUCUGCAUUGUUUAUAACUAGUGUGAUUUUGUUGUGAUUGUGAGAGAAAAUAUCAAAAAGGAAGAUUCUGUUAGGGCCAUGAGAAAUGUCUACAUUUUUAAUGUAUUUAACUAUUUCUGAUAUUGACUUUCUUCAUUUUUGUCGAUGUUUAGUAAAACUACCUUCAUUUAAAAAUGGCACAUCACAUCUCCAAUAAUUACCAAAACUCAGGUUACAAUUGUCUUAACUGCUGUAAUACCUGAAUCUUUGUUGUUAUACUGAUUAUUCCUCUUUCAUUCAUCUUUGAAAAUCGUUUAUUCAAUCCAGACUAUACAGAGAAGAAAAUUGCCAUGACUUGUGUGAUGGGGUUUUAUAUGAGCCAUUGGAUUCUAGUAAGAAAUGUUACACAGUAGUUAAGUGUAAUUAUAUAUGUUUGUACGUGUAUGUUUUUUAAGUGCACUUAUAUUUACCCAGGACCAGAGUGGAGGAAAACCACUCUCUUUAUACAUUGUAUUGCAUAGUGUGUAUGGGAGCUAAUAAGUGCCACCAGAAGUUUUUAAAAACAUAUUUGGUGCUUCAUAUCAGCAUCCAUAGUUUUGUGUGUUCUGUGAUAUUUUUAGUUAUUAUUAUUAUUAUUUUUUUUCAAAAUCAUGUGAUCAUUUUUGAUUUAUGAAUCUUGUAGACAGUAGGCAAGGGAAAUAACUUGAGCUGUAUAUUCCAUACACUUAGUGGUGUGAUUACCGUAUUUGACUGCAAAUAAGCCCCACCCCUAGUAAAAAACCCACCAAAAGUAGAGAGAAGAGACUUAAUUGUGAGUAUUCCCCCUGUUCACUACUAGAGCUGUCACGAUACACUUUACCCACGAUUCGAUACGGAUCUCGAUGUUUGUACCAUGAUUCAAUUAUUUUGAUUCGAUACACCUUUAUUUUAAAAUAUAAACAAAAUGAGAUAUAUAAGCCGUCGAUACACGGGAACCCAAAGUGUUUCCACACUUUUGAUUUGAAGCUUGCCGGAGCAUCACAAAUUUUCAUUUCCUUACAGCGGUCCGCCAUUUUGUUAUGAAUACUUUGUGAAAAUUGUAUCCUCGCAGCCGAUUGGCUGAGGGUUUAGAGAUCAGCCAAUGAAAUUGAACGUCUCACAGACGUUUCAGCUGGAGCAGCAUACACUAAGAUUCAGAUCGUGACGUAUCGAAAAUCCGGAAAAAUAUAUCGUGAAUCGAAUCGAACAUAAAUAAUCUCGGUACAAGUGCAUCGCGGUGAAUUGUGACGCCUCUAUUCACUACUAUUCAUUGAAAUGUCCACCAUCUUGGAAAUUCUACUGCUUUGAUAUUUGACCACAUUAACAAAGUACCUCUAUUAUUCUAUUCCUAACUACCCUAGAUAUCAUAUUCAUACUUUUAUUAUCUUAAUAGAUAAGUGUGUAUAUUGUUGAUGGAUUAGAUGUUUACUUGGAUGUAAACAUCACAUUAGAUUUUCUAUCUCAUUGACAUAGGUUUACAAACUAAAACACUUUCAAUAUGAAUGUUUCAUAUUCAUACUAAAAUAGCCCUUUAAAGGAAAAGUUGAUGAUGGACCAGUUGAGCUAGAAACAUAUUUUUUGUGUGAUAAGGGGAAGGGGGAUGAUUCUUGUUGUUACAGAGGUAAUUAUUUUUUUCAAUGUCUCCGCUAGGAGUUGAACCCAGAACCUCAUGUUUACUAGUCUUUUGCUCUACCAAAUGACCUAAAGAGAAAUUCUCCCUAGCCGAGUCGGUAGGAAACAGCUAUUACUUUACAAGGGUGACAUUGAAUAAGUCAGAAACAUUCUUUACUUCAUACCAAGCUUCUGGACUAAUAAUAUUCCACUUAAAACAAUUAAAAGUAACCAUAAUUAAUGAAGAUUGCAGAAAACAAGUUAAUGCAAAAUACAAAUGUAUUGUGUUUUGGCAAAUAUUUAUCAAAAUUUUAUUGAUGAGUUUAUUCACCUGAUGCCUGGUAAAUUUAUUGACAUGUCCGAAGACAUUCAUUCACCUGUAAUUAUACAUUGGAUGUUUUAUUAAAUUGUUUUAAGUUGUCGUAUUGUGAAGUAAUAUGUUAUGUUCAGGUGUCAACAUCUGAAACCUCCCAUGAGGGAGAAAGUGCAUGAAAUGCGACUGUAACUGCCUUGCUCAUUUUAUUUCUCCAAUAACUAGAUCAUUUGAUCAUAGGAUGUAGAUUUUGAGUUUGUGUGAGUUUGUACUGGAAUGGGGGAGUUUCAAGGGAGAUUGGUAAAUUUUGGUCAAAAUGAGGGAGUCUCCCUCCUAAAGGGGUGGUGGGGUGGGUGUGUGUUUGUUGACAGCUUUGUAUGUUCCCUUUGUUUAUGUGUUUGUAUGUUAUUACCUAUUGGGUAUAUGUUAGUAUAUAGUAAGUUUACAAACUGAUGCUGUGUUGAGUGUUGAUAAAUCAUUGAUAUUUUAAUGGUUAAAUGAUAAAAUGGCAAAAGCAAUGAUAAUUUUUUUUUACGUUGCUGUUUGUACUAUUUAUAAAUGAAAGUCCUCAGAAUUCUAGUGACUGCACAAUUUUACUAGUAUAAGGGAACUGAUUUUAAACCAAAAAAAAACAAACUUUUUUAUCGUACAGCGAAAUUUUGAUUUUUAACAUUUAUGAAAAAAAAAGUUUUUAUUUUGAUUUGAUAAUGUGUGUUUGAGUUAUGUGUUACACCCAGAAUAAUCAUUAUUCGCAUCAGUUAAAAUUCUUAAUGAAAUAUAUAAAAAGUGGUUACUUAUAUUUGUAGUUGUUGAGUAUGAGUCAUAGUGUAUACUCUGACAGGAAUUUUUAGAAUAUUUUUAUUUGAAAACUAAAUUAAUGUUAAAAGAAAAUCAUUUUGCACUGUUCAUUUAAAAAAACAACAACACAGGAUUGAUAGAUAAAACAUGUGUGAUGUAAGUAGUAUAUUUCUCUCUCGACUUUUCAUUUUUUCCAAUGUUCGUGUAUCUCAAGUUAUGAUAUCUCUGGUGGUUUGACUUUUAGUGUGAAGUUUUGCUCGUAUUUUUACAUGGUGUGGUAAACACAAGUAAAUACUGUAUAUAUUUUGCCUUUUUUCGCCCACCAAGGGCAAAUUUUUCAUUACAGUGUAUAUAGGUUAACAACAUAAUAAACAUAGCAGUGAAAUGUGAAGGUUGAAAUCAACACUGAGCAAAAAUUGAUUUCUUGGCCGAACAUUUCCCUUUAUGCAGUAUGUCAGUGCCAUAUUAAAUCAUAUCGAAUCAUCUUCAUUAUUUUUCUGCAGACCAUCCUAAAUACUUCUUGUAUCCUUAUCAGUAAGCCUGGGACCAUCCUCUAUACUUUUUCAAUCAUCCUCAGGAACCCAUAAGACGGUCCUCAAUAAAUGGGGACAAUGUUUUAUAACCCAGGAACAAUCCUUAAUCACCCGGGACCCUCAUCAAUAACCCAGAGCUCAUCAGUGGUAACCACUGUCAAACAAAUCAUUUACUAUACAUUGUAAUAAGCUUGAAGCUGCACCGCCCUCAUCUGUCUACUUAAUACACGUUUAACAGCAAAACUUACAUCAGAUACAUUUAUUGUAACUUCUCUCUUGAAAAUCAUGUGACAUAUUUUUAACUAUCAUUUGAAACAAAUCAUAUGUUGAAUGUUUUUUUCAGUGUACCAAAUAAAUAGUCUGCAUUAUUUUCAUCAUGUAUAAAAGGAAGACAUAAUUUUGUAUUUUAAUUUGUAUGUCUCUACAUAUAUACAUAUUUGAUAUAUUAUGUACCAUAAAAUAUCAUGCUUUUCAGUUUCUAAUCAUGUUUUUAGGUCUCUUAGAUGUUAAUGUUUAGUUUCAAGGUAUUGUUUCAUUCAGAACACAGUUGUUUUGAUUGGUUACGAUUUUAAGUCUAGAACUCCAUAGACCUAAACAAUGGGUACCAAAUUUAAAUAAAGAGUACAAGUGGAAAUGGGACAAAUUCAGUUUCAUAAUUAUUUUGUAAAUUUGUUUUCAAGUUAUCUUUCUGGUCAAAGAUUUCUAUAAAUAAAAAUCCCAACAGAUGGGUAUUCUGUCUUUGCAUAUUGCAGAGUUAUCUUCUCUUGUGAGCAGGUAUUGAUUGUUACGUCAUUGGUCGUUUUCU